GAGUUAUCAGCCUGCACGCGGACGGAGGGAUAGAUACAUACGAGUACUCUACAUAUACAUAGCGGCAGUAAGGUGUUACUCGUACGCUCGAGCGCUCGAACGCUAGGGCUUUUGAAUAGCAGCAAAGCGGGGUGGCGGCGCGCACCGAAAGAAAACCAAAUCAAAGUGUUUAACGGUUGAGUGUAAAAUUCAGUAUGAUUUGAAAGUGAUGGUCGUUUCCGGGCUUUGCAAGUUUCAAAUAUAUUGCUCUUAUCGCCAUUAAGAUUGCUGAUACGAAGUCAAAUGGAUAAGUGCGCGUUUGUGACUUUUAAGGAAAUAAAACUUUCUUAAACAAAAAAAUCAACAGCCGCGCUGAAACGAAUGACAAAGCACGCAAAGGACAAUCCACAAUAUGGCCUGCCUUCCUCGCUUUCUGGUCUUCGGUCGCACCAAAGCGAGCUUUACGCCAGCUGAGGAUGCAAAUAAAGACACAAUACUCAAUAAUGCAGCAAAUCCGGUGCAAAUCGGCCGCUAUAUACGUCGCGAGGAGUCGGCGCUAUUUACACCAAAAACAAGCGAGCAGACAAAAACACUGCAACAACAACAACAAAAACAGAAAAAAUCACAAGAGCAAAUCAUUGACAACCGAAACAAUCGCAUUAGCAACAAUACCGACAGCAACUACAUUAACAACACCAACAGCAACACAAAUAGCAACAGCGAAAAUGGCAGCUUGGUAAACACGCAGGCCAACAAUGUCAACAGUUUGGGCCCGAAAAAAUUCAUUUUCAACAAAGCAAACAACAUCAGGCGCAACAAUAGCGGCAACAACAACAACAAAAGCAAUAAUGACAACAGCAGCAUCUAUAGCAACUCAGCAGCAGCCAUUGUAGGUAGCAACACGAAACUAAAACCUGUCAAAGGACGACGGCCGACUGCGUUGCCAAGCGAUGCACCAAAUUUGAAAGAAGGAGAAGAGGAAGAACGGGGAAAUUAUGAGGAGGAUAUUGAGGCAGCAGCGCCAAAGUUGAACGAGGAAGCUCGCCAUGUCAACGAUAACCAACUUAAUGGCUAUAAAAGCAACUCCAGUGACCUGGAUACACCCACCACACCGGCCUCCACGCUGGCUGUGCAAUUCUUUAUUGGCCAGCAGUCGCACGAAGAGGACAACGCAUCCGCGCGUUCCUUGGAUGCGGGCAGCUGUCGCAGCAUAAAAGAGGUAACAGCGCAAACACAACCGCAAAAACAACAGCAACAAAGAAGGCAGUUGGAAAAUGGCGAUGUUGCAGAAAAUAGCUACAGCCCUACCACCGCUUCACUACUCACCCCACAAGCCGCCAAUGAAGCAACGCCACUUCGCAACUACAACCACACGACGAGCCUUAGCUCCUCACCGAUACUAUACGGCCCACAGUUUAAUCGCAAAUCGAGAUCGAAAAGUUGUCGAAAAAUGCGCUGCGGCGCCGGUAACGAACCACCUGCGGAUGAUGAUGUUCAUAUACCAACGCCGCCACCAUUGCCGCCGCAGUCACUCACCGCUGCCUCAUCGUCCGCUUCGCUGCUUUCGUUGCGUAGCAACAAAAGCAAACGCAACUCUGCGGUCGCCGCCAACACCACAGCAACGCCACAAAUCGAGGAGGGUGGCAUUAGCGCCAACGCUGAGUUUGUCACCCCGCCGAGCUACGAUAUGACGACGAAUGGCACUGGCCAGGUAGCAGCUAACGCGAAUCGCGCAACAAAUGACAAAGACCAAACCUCCUUGUUAAAAGAAAGUAAUAACAGCGGCAACGGACCUCAAGCGCAACGCAUUGAGGGAGGACUCAUAUUCACGCGUCCAAAUUUACCCGCCAAGAAGGAUGUGCACAUCGAGUUCAUUGGAAAGGAUAAUGAAACACGCAAUCUCAUACGCAAGGCCAUCGAACGCAAUGACUUCCUUAACAAUUACAUGGACAAAGAGCGCAAGGAGAUGGUCAUCGAUGCGAUGGCGCCGACAUUCUACGAAAAGGACUCUUUCAUCAUACAUGAAAAUGAUGAGGGUUCGGAAAUUUACGUCUCCGAAACCGGCUAUUUCGAUGUGAUCAAGGGUGGCAAGGUGGUGGGCAGCUUUGGACCGACAACAGUAUUCGGUGAAUUGGCAAUACUUUACAAUGCCAAUCGUUUGGCAUCAGUGAGAGCAACGACAAAUGCGCGUGUUUGGAAAAUCACACGUGAGACAUUCCGACAAAUUAUGGUACUGUCCGAGUCGAAGGAAAGAGAUGAGAAUUUAUUUUUUCUGCGUGCGGCGCCAUUCCUUAAAGAUCUAUCUGAUGAGGUUCUCAACAAGGUGGUGGAUCUGCUGCAGCGGAAAUAUUACGAACCGAAUGCGUGCAUCGUGCGAGAGGGAGAAGUGGGCAAUGAAUUUUUCAUAAUUCGCGGUGGCACUGUGACCAUCAAGAAGAAGAAUGAGCAGAAUGUUGAGCGUGUGGUGGAUCGGCGCAAACGUGGUGACUAUUUCGGUGAGCAGGCGCUACUCAAUGCGGACCGCCGGCAAGCGAGUGUUUAUGCGGAUGCGCCCGGCACGGAAGUGCUCAAACUGGACAGAGAAGCUUUCAUCAGCUACCUGGGCACCAUACCGCAACUGCGUGAGAAACCCGAGGAGCGUAAGUCCGCCGAACGCAAACAAAGCAGACAGCAAUCCGAAUUUGAUAACGAAUACGCACAUAUACAGCUGACGGAUUUGAAGAAGAUAGCAACAUUGGGUGCGGGAGCUUUCGGCUGUGUGGAUUUGGUUUCUUACGAAGAAAAAACGUUCGCGCUCAAAAUCAUUAAGAAGAUUGAUGUUAUCAAACAGGAUCAAGUGGAGCAUGUGUACAGCGAGAAGCAUGUAAUGAUGAAGUGUCGCAGCUCGCCGUUUAUUAUUGAAUUGUAUAAAACUUUCCGCAAUGAGAAAUUCGUUUACUUCCUGAUGGAAGCUUGCAUGGGUGGCGAUGUUUGGACUGUUAUGUCGAAGCGACGCUACUUCGAUGAACGCACUGCCAAAUUCAUAGCUGGUUGUGUGGUGGAAGCUUUCGACUUUCUACACUCGCAUAAUAUUAUUUAUAGAGAUUUGAAACCAGAGAAUUUAAUGCUAACAACGGACGGUUACUGUAAACUGGUCGAUUUUGGCUUCGCCAAGCACAUACCGCCCAAUCAAAAGACCAACACUUUUGCAGGCACACCCGAAUAUGUGGCGCCUGAGAUCAUUCUAGAUCGCGGUCACGAUCGCGCGGUCGACUACUGGGCUUUGGGUAUAUUGAUUUUCGAAUUAUUGGUUGGCAAAACACCAUUCCGUGGGCAAAAUCAAAUCAAAAUAUACCAACAGAUAUUGGGUGGCAUCGAUGUCAUACAAAUGCCAUCGAAAAUACCACGCUCGGCACAGGGUUUGAUUAAACAUUUAUGCAAGCAAUUGCCAGCAGAGCGUCUGGGCUAUCAGCGGCGUGGCAUUUUAGAUAUUAAGCGACAUGGCUGGUUUGAUAAUCUCGAUUGGAAUAAGUUGAAAUACAAGCAAUUGCCUUCACCAAUAAAGCGGCCAAUAUCAAGUAACACCGACUUGCAGUACUUUGGUCCAGUCGGUGUGGAGAACGAUUUUGAUCCACCGGAUGAAACGAGCGGCUGGGAUAUUGAUUUCUGAGUAUUGCAAAGCAAUUUAUUUUAUAGUCAAACUGCAUUUAGAGUUAAACUUUUUUUAAGCGUGAAACUAUUUUUAGU